AUGAGAAAGCUCACUUCAGUUUUGAUUUCCGCUGCCGUGCUGGGGGCCGCCCACCAAGUGGAGGGCAGCGACUCGAAUGAAAAAGGGUCGGCCGCCUCCGUCGACUGCCUUGCCGACUUCAAUGCGGCUCGAGAACGAGCAGGCCUCGAAGCCUUCACUGAGGAGAAGGAGGAAGGCAAGAAACUACCGACAGGAGAAGAAGACUACAUCGCAGCGAUUUGUUCUGCCAUACAAGAGGCAAGCGGCCUGUAUUUUCCCUACCAUUUCCCCGUCUCCUACUGGAAAGGAGCCCACGUAAACUUUGGCGAUCUCCCGCCCGAAUACAACGCCGACAGUGCUGUGUAUAAGGACAGCCGGAACCUCUCGCUUGUGGCCCUGUACAACCCUCAGGACGGCGCCACAGUCGAUUGUGCCUAUAUCACAUGUCCUGUCUCCACCACGACCACCACUACAGUUGCUAGCUCUACAGGAUCAACUGAUGCGGAGGAAGAAGAGGAGACAACCCCGAACAAAGAGAGCACUUUCUCUUUAAUUGGAGAACGAGACGCUGGGGGUUCGUCGAGCUCGGGAGACCAGCCGAAGACCGGGCCAUCCGUUCGGCGCCUCUCCACACCCUCUCAGACGGUUACCGGCCUCGUUUGCCUCACUAAUCCUGCAGCUCUUGAAAAUGGAAAAAAACCCUUCUCGCUCCUCCGGUGGUUGUUGCCUUCGUUGGUGCACAUUUCUCAAAAGCUCGCUUUUCAUCUGCUGUCUGCACUUCCCUUGUCUGGUUCAGUCGCACCCGAGCUGUAUUGA